UCCGAGACGCGCUGGGCGAGCCAGGCCAGGAGCUACGGGUCCAGGGGCGAGCGGCGAGCCCGGCGCGGAGCCCGGCGCCGGCACCAUGGACGAGGACGACAGCUACGUUCCCAGUGACCUGACUGCAGAGGAGCGCCAGGAGCUGGAGAACAUUCGGCGGAGGAAGCAGGAGCUGCUGGCCGACAUCCAGAGGCUGAAGGAUGAGAUAGCAGAAGUAGCUAAUGAAAUUGAAAACCUGGGGUCCACAGAAGAGAGGAAAAACAUGCAGAGGAACAAACAGGUAGCCAUGGGCAGAAAAAAAUUCAACAUGGAUCCUAAAAAAGGGAUCCAGUUCUUAAUAGAGAAUGAUCUGCUGAAGAACACUUGCGAAGACAUCGCCCAGUUCUUGUAUAAAGGUGAAGGGCUCAACAAAACAGCCAUCGGUGACUACCUGGGGGAGAGAGAUGAGUUUAACAUCCAGGUUCUUCAUGCGUUUGUGGAGCUACAUGAGUUCACCGAUCUCAACCUCGUCCAGGCCUUACGGCAGUUCCUGUGGAGCUUCCGGCUGCCGGGAGAGGCCCAGAAGAUUGACCGGAUGAUGGAGGCGUUUGCCCAGCGCUACUGUCAGUGCAACCACGGGGUGUUCCAGUCCACAGACACUUGUUACGUCCUCUCAUUUGCCAUCAUCAUGUUGAACACCAGCCUGCAUAACCCCAAUGUCAAAGACAAGCCCACCGUGGAGAGGUUCAUCGCCAUGAAUCGAGGCAUCAACGACGGGGGAGACCUGCCCGAGGAGCUGCUCCGGAAUCUGUAUGAGAGCAUAAAAAACGAACCCUUUAAAAUCCCAGAAGAUGAUGGGAAUGACCUUACUCACACUUUCUUCAACCCAGACCGAGAAGGCUGGCUAUUGAAGCUCGGUGGCAGGGUAAAGACUUGGAAAAGACGCUGGUUCAUUCUGACUGACAACUGCCUUUACUACUUUGAAUACACGACGGAUAAGGAGCCCCGUGGAAUUAUCCCAUUAGAGAACCUGAGUAUCCGGGAGGUGGAAGACUCUAAAAAACCAAACUGCUUUGAGCUUUACAUCCCCGACAAUAAAGACCAAGUGAUUAAGGCCUGUAAGACGGAGGCUGACGGGCGAGUGGUGGAGGGGAACCACACGGUGUACCGCAUCUCGGCCCCAACACCUGAGGAGAAGGAGGACUGGAUCAAGUGCAUCAAGGCAGCCAUCAGCAGGGACCCUUUCUACGAGAUGCUAGCCGCACGGAAGAAGAAGGUCUCUUCCACGAAAAGACAUUGAGUCUGCGCAGCCAGCAGGGCUGGUGUGCCCAGCGAGUGAGGCCCGGCGAGUGAGGCCCGGUGCAGCCUCCCCGCCUCCCAUGCAGUGGGAGCAUCUUGCCAGGCAUCGCCCUGAAUUCCUAGAGACUAGCUUCAGCUUUUGCUAAUU